UCAUCAUGAUAAGCUGAAAGGAUAAAUUUGGUUGACAAAAUAUACAAAAAUUAUCCAUGUCUCUUUUUAGAAACAUGGCAACCUCAUGUCAACACAGAUCCCAUAUCUGUUUCCUUCCCACACAAGAAAAGAUCCAUUGUUGUCUUCACUUAAUCUGUUUUCCAUUAAAAACUUUACCCUUCUAAACCUCCAUCCAAUUCCCAUUUCACCGCCAUGGUCCUUACCUCAACCCUCCUUCAAUCCCUUCCUUCUGAUAACAUUACCCUCUUACUCUUCACUUUCUCUUCUCUUAUCUCCCUUUUCUUCCUCAAAUGGACGUUCACAAAAUCCAGGAACCCAAUCCCUCCAUGCCCGCCUGGCCCACGUGGCAUCCCCUUUCUGGGUAACCUCCUCUCUCUCGACCCGGAGCUCCAUACUUACUUCACGCACCUCGCUCACUCCUACGGCCCCAUUUUUCAGCUCCGUCUUGGUAAUAAAAUCGGUGUCAUUUUGACUUCUCCUUCCUCAGCUCGCCAAGUACUCAAAGACCACGACAUCGCUUUCGCCAACCGGGACGUGCCGGUUACGGCUCGGGUCGCAACGCAAGGAGGGCGUGACAUUGCUUGGAACCGGUAUGGACCCGAGUGGAGGAUGUUGAGGAAGAUCUGUGUUCUCAAGAUGCUCAGUAACAAAACCCUGGACUCUGUUUACGAGCUACGGCGGCGUGAGAUCCGGCAAACGGUCGGGUACUUAUACAGUCGAGUCGGGUCACCCGUUAACGUUGGUGAACAAAUGUUUUUGACGAUACUGAAUGUCAUUACGAACAUGUUAUGGGGCGGAUCGGUUCAGGGUGCGGAGAGGGCUAGUUUGGGUGGGUUAUUUCGGAAUCUGAUAUCGGAGUUGACGGAUUUGUUGAGCCGGCCGAAUAUAUCGGACUUUUAUCCAGGUUUGGCCAGGUUUGAUUUGCAAGGUCUGGAGAAGAAGAUGCAUAGGGUAGCUGGGAAAUUGGAUAGCAUGAUUGAUGAGAUAAUUGAUCAACGGCUGAGAAGUAAUGGAGAGAGUGGGGAGAAAGAUAGUGAAGAUUUUUUACAGUUUCUACUUGAGCAGAGGGAUAGGGGUGAUUCCAAAACACCUUUUACCAUGACCCAUGUCAAAACCUUGCUUAUGGAUAUGGUGGUGGGUGGGAGUGAUACAUCCUCCAAUCUAAUGGAGUUCGCCAUGGCUGAACUAAUCAACAAACCAGAGGUAAUGGAGAAAGCCCACCAAGAAUUAGACCAAGUAGUUGGUAAAAACAACAUAGUAGAAGAAUCCCAUAUUCAUAAAUUGCCAUAUUUAUAUGCCAUAAUGAAAGAGACCUUGCGUUUGCACCCCGUCCUCCCACUUUUAGUUCCCCAUUGCCCUUCUGAAACUUGCACCAUUGACGGCUACACAAUUCAAAAAGGUUCACGAGUCUUCAUCAACGUGUGGGCAAUUCACAGGGACCCUUUGAUUUGGGAGAAUCCAUUGGAGUUUAUUCCGGAGAGGUUCUUGAAUGAGAAAUGGGAUUACAGUGGAAGUGACUUCAAUUAUUUUCCAUUUGGGUCUGGACGAAGAAUUUGUGCCGGGAUUGCUAUGGCUGAGAGAAUGUUCAUGUAUUCGCUGGCUACACUUCUGCAUUCUUUUGAUUGGAAAGUGGGGGAGGGACAGAAAGUGGAUCUCACUGAAAAGUUUGGGAUUGUUUUAAAGUUGAAGACUUCUCUUGUGGCAAUCCCAACGCCGAGAUUAUCGGAUUCAGCCUUGUACAUGUAGAUAAGUAACAAGAAUAUUCCAAUAUGCUUGGCAAGCAAUGUUAAUCAAGUGUAUAAUAAAUAAAUUUAUUUAUGAAAUCAAGUUACCUCCUUCUUUUUGGUCAA